GGCGGCCCCAGACAAUGUCCUCUUCGUGGCCUUCUCUGACUUCACACCUGCAGCAGCCCCUGUGACCACCCAUGCCCUAACCUGUCACUGAUUGCUGCCGGCCCAGGAGAUACCCCAGUGCCCUGCUGCAGCCCUGGAGCUAUAUAGUACAUGGCCUGCAGCAGGCCGACGUUCCUCCAACGAGAAUCUGGCCAGGGUGUACAUUGGUGAGCUCCCGCAGGAUUUUCUCCGCAUCACACCCACACAGCAGCAACAGCAGAUCCAGCUGGACGCCCAGGCAGCCCAGCAGCUGCAGUAUGGAGGAGCAGUGGGCACCGUGGGCCGCCUCAGUAUCACCGUGGUGCAGGCAAAAUUGGCAAAGAAUUACGGCAUGACUCGCAUGGACCCCUAUUGCCGCCUGCGUCUGGGCUACGCUGUUUAUGAAACACCCACAGCCCACAAUGGCGCCAAGAACCCUCGCUGGAACAAGGUCAUCCAGUGCACAGUGCCCCCAGGUGUGGACUCGUUCUACCUCGAGAUCUUCGAUGAGCGAGCCUUCUCCAUGGAUGACCGCAUUGCCUGGACCCACAUCACCAUUCCCGAGUCCCUGAAGCAGGGCCAGGUGGAAGAUGAGUGGUACAGCCUGAGUGGGAGGCAGGGUGACGACAAGGAGGGCAUGAUCAACCUGGUCAUGUCCUACACGACACUGCCAGCUGCCAUGAUGAUGCCUCCCCAGCCUGUGGUCCUGAUGCCAACCGUGUACCAGCAAGGUGUCGGCUAUGUGCCCAUUGCAGGAAUGCCUGCUGUAUGCAGCCCUGGCAUGGUGCCUGUGGCCAUGCCCCAACCAGCUGUGACCGCUCAGCCCCGCUGUAAUGAGGAGGACCUCAAAGCUAUCCAGGACAUGUUCCCCAACAUGGACAGAGAAGUGAUCCGCUCUGUGCUCGAAGCCCAGAGAGGAAGCAAGGACGCCGCCAUCAAUUCCCUGCUGCAGAUGGGCGAAGAGUCCUAGAC